AUGCCUCUCUACCAAGCCACCGCUUCCGCACCCGUGAACAUUGCUUGCAUAAAGUACUGGGGCAAGCGGGAUACCAAACUCAUUCUCCCCACUAACUCCUCACUCUCUGUGACCCUUGAUCAGGACCAACUCCGCUCAACGACAACUUCGCGUGCGGAUUCGUCUUUCGAGAAAGAUCGCCUCUGGCUGAAUGGCGUCGAGGAGGAGAUCAAGUCAGGCGGGCGACUUGCGACGUGUAUUUCAGAGAUGAGGCGCUUGCGUAGGGAGUCAACGCUUACACAGGUUCAGAUUUCUCCGUACAACGUGCAUAUAUCCUCCCGUAACAACUUCCCCACUGCCGCUGGACUCGCAUCAUCUGCGUCAGGGUUUGCAGCCCUAGUAUCGAGUCUCGCUGCGUUAUACGCCUUGCCCGCAUCUCCAUCCCAGCUCUCCCUCAUCGCGCGGCAAGGUUCCGGGUCUGCAUGCCGCUCCCUCUUUGGCGGCUUCGUUGCGUGGGAGAUGGGUUCCUCCCCUGAUGGUUCUGACUCGCUCGCCGUCGAGGUUGCACCGCGCUCGCACUGGCCACAGCUGCAGGCACUUAUCUGCGUCGUGUCUGAUGACAAGAAGGGCACAUCCUCUACCUCGGGGAUGCAGCGCACGGUUGAGACGUCGGCCCUCCUGCAGCACCGCAUCGUGUCCGUCGUGCCAGAACGGAUGGCGGCAAUUUCUGCGGCGAUUCACGCGCGCGACUUCAACACGUUCGCGCGGAUCACUAUGCAGGAUUCGAACCAGUUCCACGCCGUCGCGCUCGACACAGAUCCGCCGAUUUUCUACAUGAACGACGUCUCACGCGCGAUUAUCGCGCUUAUCGUCGAGUACAAUCGCGUUGCCGUCGAGCGCGGCGGAUCGCUCAAGGCUGCGUACACGUUCGAUGCAGGCCCGAACGCGGUCAUCUAUGCGCCGGAGGAGAAUUUGAAGGAGAUCGUGGAGUUGAUCGUGCGCUACUUCCCUCAGGCAGACACCUUCAAGGAUCCGUUUGGCCUUUUUGGUGCGGCAGGGGUCCGGGGUAAAGUCGUCGAGGGCUUCAACGAGGCGGUGGCGAAGCCGUUUGGCGUUGGUGCGGUGAAGGGGCUCAUUCACACCAGGGUUGGCGACGGGCCAAGAGUCUUGGGUGUUGAGGAGGCGCUGUUGGGGCCCAACGGACUCCCGAAAGUGGCGUGA